AGGCAAGUGGCCGGCGGCGCGACCUGGGUCCUCGCUGGACAGCAUGCGAUCCGGGGAGAAUGGCAGAGGAGUGCGCGGCGAGGAGCCGCGGAAGCUGGGGCUCUGCGUCCUAUGCGGCCUCCCCGCGUCAGGAAAAUCAACUUGCGCGCGCGCCCUCGGCCACCGGCUCCGGGAGGAGCUAGGCUGGGCCGUCGGCGUCGUCGCCUACGAUGACGUCAUGCCGGACGCGUUCCCGGAAGAGGAGGGCGCGCGGCCAUUGCUAGCCCCGUGGAAACUGUGUCGUCGGGAGCUGCUGUCAUACCUGGAGUCCCUCCUGGACGCCGCUGUUGCUGGGGCCCCAUUGGCUGCCCCUCCCCAGAGUACUGACACCAUGUGGAGCAAGUUUGUCACAUGCUUAAAGACUCAGGACCUGCUUUCCGCUGCCACGCCAGACAUCCCGACCCGCUGGCCCUUCACCCCAGCUGCUGUGACAGGCCCCUUGUUGCUGAUUCUAGACGACAACUUCUACUACCAGAGCAUGAGAUAUGAGAUCUACCAGCUGGCUCGGAGAUAUUCCUUAGGCUUUUGCCAGCUCUUCUUCGACUGUCCCCUGGACAUGUGCUUGGCACGAAAUGCACGGAGAGCUCGGCCUGUGCCUGCUGGAAUCCUGAGCCAGAUGGCAGAGAAGCUGGAGAAGCCCAAUCCCGAGAAGAACUCGUGGGAGCAUCACAGCCUCACGAUCCCAAGCACCAUGUGUGCGUCCUAUGACAGCCAGAGGCUGACUGAGUUCCUGCUCGACACCCUGGACCAUCCUGUGAAGGCCAUGGACGACCAAGCAGAACAGAAGGAAACAGACAGAAUCAUUUGUUCAAACAACGUCUUCCAUCAAACUGAUCAAAUUCUCCGAAGGAUUGUCUCGCAGACAAUGAAGGCAGCAAAAGAUGAACAAGUGUCUCCUUCCAACUUGAAGUUCUGGGCCGAAGACCUUAACAAGCUCAAAGCAGAGUUUUUGGAAGAUCUAAGACAAGGAAAUAAGAAAUACCUGUGCUGUCCUUUAACUACUCCUUCAUCCAACCUCAUCUCCUGCUUUAGUGAUGAGAAAAAUAACAUUGUACACAAAUAUAUUCCAAAGAAUCACUAAA